AUGGAGGCUCUGGUCCACGCGGCCGUGGCCGAGCUGAAGAAGCUGCUGGAGACUCACCCUGACCCGCUACCGGACACCCUGAGUCCGCUACCGGACACCCUGAGUCCGCUACCGGACACCCUGCGGGCCCACGGCCGGGAAGAGACGGUGCGGUUUGCGUCCGUCAUGGAGACUCUGGGGAACGAGGCUCUGGGGAAGAUCCUGAACGUGGUGGAUGAAGCCAAACUGCUGGUGGAGCCGUCGGGGGGAGGGGGAGGAGGCCGCAGACCAGCGUCCUCAACAUCCUCAACAGCACACGCGUCGGCGGAGCAUUCGUACGGAGUCCGACUGGAGAGCGCCGACACUCACAGAUCCACUCAGACCAAACCAGAGAAAGAGGGACCAGAAAACCUGGUGAACGAACACAGUAACAUGGACCAGGGAGCCAUCACUGAGAAGGUUCAACACCCAAACACUCACAGAUCCACUCAGACCAAACAAGAGAACGAGGAACCCGAGAACCCGUUUGUCCCAGCGGUGACGGUCAAAGACGAACACGGCAACAUCGACCUGGGAGCCAUCGCUGAGAGAGCUCGAGUUGAAGCCGCCCAGCCGGUGACCUCUGACCUCCAACAGCAGAGAGUCUCCAGCACGCCGGAGUUCAUGGUGCAGAGCGUCACGUGGAAAUACUUCACGUGCACGGCGUGCGGUAAAUCCUUCUCGUCUCAGAGCAACCUGAAGUCUCACCACCGCGUCCACACCGGCGAGAAGCCGUUCUCCUGCGGCGUGUGCGGCCGAGCGUUCUGCCAGCGGCAGAGCCUGCAGAGCCACGCCCGGACGCACUCCGGCGAGCGGCCGUACGCCUGUCAGCAGUGCGGCAAGAGCUUCUCCAAGCAGACGCAGCUGAAGACGCACGGCAUCAUCCACACGGGGGAGAAACCGCACGGCUGCCAGGUCUGCGGCCGCCGCUUCAACCUGCUGCAGAACCUGCAGCGCCACGCGCACACGCACACCGGCAACAAGAUCUACGUGUGCACCGCCUGCGGUAAAGGCUUCACCCGCGCCGUCACGCUCAAAACUCACCAGCUCAUCCACAGCGGGCAGAAACCCUUCGAGUGCGAGCAGUGCCACAAAACCUUCCGCCACGCCGUCAACCUCAAGAACCACCAGCGGAUCCACAGCGGCGUGCGGCCGUACGGCUGCGACCUCUGCGGGAAAACCUUCCGCCAGUCGGUGAACCUGAAGAUCCACCGGAGGAUCCACACCGGCGAGCGCCCGUUCGCCUGCCAGGAGUGCGGCAAGACGUUCAGCCAGCAGAGCAGCCUGAUCUCUCACGGACGGACGCACUCCUCGGAGCGGCCGUUCGCCUGCAGCUUCUGCGACAAGAAGUUCAACAACGCCAACAGCCUGAAGCUGCACCUGCGCAUCCACACGGGGGAGAAGCCGUACGGCUGCGACGUCUGCGGCAAAACCUUCAGCCAGGGCAGCCACCUGAGGACGCACAAGAGACACGUGCACGCCGGCGGCAAGCAGUUCAUCUGUGACAAGUGUGGCAAGAGGUACUCGGACCAGCGCAACCUGAAGCUGCACAAGUGCGGCUACGCAUGACGGGGAGGUGAACCGGGGGGGGCAGGAAGUGGACCUGCUCAACCAAUCGGAGCUCACACAUGUUGUUCCUCUGAACACUGACCUGAGUCAGUCAGUUUAAAUACUACACUACCCAUGAGCCUCUAGGUGCUGACGUUUCAACCACUAAAAUGGAACCAAUGAUGUCACCUGAUACAAGUCCCGCCCACUGAAACACUGCUCUCUGAUUGGUUGAAACCAUGACUUCGUUCUGCUGAUUAUGUUGUCUGUAAAUGUGUAAAUAUGCACAUUUUUAUAAUUUAUAGAUUAUAUUUUUCAUUUGUUUGGAAAAUAAAUGAAUUCAAUCUAC